AUGAAGAUUCCGAAAAUCGAGACAAAUGAUGGCGAUACCAUCAACUCGCAACAUCUUUCUUCUUUCGAUAUCUGCGGAAUAAUAUCUGUAGCUUCCUGUGCCUUGAGCGCCUUUUAUUGCUUUCGAUCGAUCAUAGUAGGGAAAUGCCAAGGGAAAGAACGACUCGCAGAAAAUGAACUCCAAGAACUCGGGGGAGUCAACGAGCCCAGCAAGUCGAAGCAAGGCGCCGUCGAGAAGCAGAAGGAGGUGAACCAUGCGAGCGCCUUCGGCAGUACCAAGAACAACAACGAAAACGAGACGACAAACAACGCCAAAGCCCUCAAGAGCCAAAACAAGGGUCUCGAGAACGGCGAUGGUGCGCACAAGGUCAAAAGCGCGGCGCAAAAGGGCGGUUUCGUUGGGACAGGCGGGAGUAACCUACGCGGCGCGAGCGCGAGUAUGCGGGAGCCAAAACAAAACUCGGCUCCAGCGCACUUGAAAUCGGCGAAAAACCGACCGAGCGCACAAGGUGCAUCUUCCAACAAGUCGUCGACCGUCACUCCCACCGCAGAGCAGAGAGCAGCACAAGUAGAGAGCUCCUCGCCACCGUCCAAGAGGAAGAAAACGUCCAGCAGCCAAGGCGAAGUGGCAGGGAGUAACUUGGAGAACAAGAAAAGUGAGAAAAGUGGCGCUUCGGCCUCUCCUAAUUCCGCGCAGAAUUCUGGCUCAGCUGGUGGCGGCCCGCAGGUGCCACCGAAGGCCAAGAACAAAACGUCAGUUACCGGAAAAGAGGCCUUGAACGCGGCGCAGGUCGCCGCGAAUGGUUCAUCUGCUCCCAAAGCCACGGACGGCAAUGCCGACUCCAAGAAGAAGGUGGCUACAAAGGACGCGGAGACAAUCACGGAAGCUGAAAUUCUAGCGCCUUGCGAAACUGGAACCGAGGUGCAUUUAUCUGGUAUCAUCUGGCAUGAGACUGAUGGGAUGGUCGUUGUUAAUGUAACCUGGCGCAAUCGGAGCUAUAUUGGAACACUUCUUGACUCUUCAAAGCAUGAUUGGGCACCUCCGAGACUCGGCAUCGAUGGUGAAACCGAUGAUGGAACAAAGCCCGGCCGCCGAAAAGGACGCCAAAAACCAGUAAAGAAUAGCCGCAACUCACGCCCAGGAGAAAACGGCACUGCUCCCGUUGCUGGCCGGAAGAACAAGAGAGAGCCUGAGCCAAACUCUGAUACAGAUAAUGGUAAACCUGGACCAAAAAAACCCCGAACGACGAAUGGGCGGGGAACGCCAGUUCACGAAAAUUCUGAAAAAGAAAAAUCGGAGGCUGAAGGGAGCUCAGCUGUACAAUCCCUCGCCUGCCAUUUCAAAGACUGCCAUAAAAAGUUCAAAAAGCAAGAAGCCUUACAAUAUCACAUUGAUGAGCAUCGGAGGAAAACAGCAGAGACCGAAAAGGAACAAAAGAAAAAAGAUAAAAAAGAAAAUCAAGAAAACUCCAAAGGCGAUAAAAGCGACAACGAAAUUAAUGCAGCGCUAGGACUGGCCGCAUUGGGCCAAUUAAGUGACCAAAAAGACGGUGGAACUGGGCCGCCAAGUUUAACGAAGGGCUCCAAAGGUCGCCCCCAAAGCGUGGAAAACGUUGUGGCUCCACCGCCACCGCUCCUUCAGAAACAACCCACAUCUAGUCAAGCUAGCAGCCUGCCACCCAUGCCAGUGUUAACGCCAAAGCCAGGACUAAGCUUGGGAAAUAACGCUCCGUCGCCCAUCCCAAGAAGGCCGAACCAACUUUCUCCCUCCCUAGAUGAGAGUGGAUUGGAAAUGAUAAACGGCACUACUGCAGCAACUGAUUCCACCUCGCCGAAGACCACCGAACCAACGAGUACAAUCGCCCCAUCCGUUAUAUCGUCCGUUGUACAGUCAGAUCCAAACGUCCCAAUUAGCGUACCAACUGCGCAAAACGCAGUUCCAUCCACUUCCCUAGUCAUUGAUCCUUCAAGAAGCCAGGUUUCGCCGACAACGAUAGGAGCCGCCGAGAUUCCUCCAAAACUGGAAAGGCGCCCCACAUCCCCAUUCCAGCCAGUUAAGCCGGAAAACGAGAGUCCUAGUCAAUGCGCAAGAGUCUCGCCGUCUGCGUAUUCUGACAUUUCGGACCCAGGUGACGAAGCACCUCCUCAGUCUCCUCAAAACGCGAAGGCUAAAGACGAAAAGAUUCCAAAGGUGCAGGAAGAGAUGACAUCUGUGCUGUACUCAAAUUACCCAGUUUCUAAUCCAUCCAUGAAGAGUCAUCUUCUCAUCAAUCGUGACGAGAAAAAGGAUGACUCCAGGAAACUUGCUUCAAAAAACGAUGGAAAGAUCGUUGAGACAGAGAAGGCCGAACAACGACACUCAGCUCUCGGACCCAGGCCGAAGAGUCACCAGACAGACGGAAACAAACCAACGGCUACAAUCCAACCUACAAAACAAGAAACAAAGCCACUUCCAGCAAAGUCUGGCAAGGACAAACACUCAGUUUCGAGUCCUGGAGCGAUGCCGCUAUCAGCGUAUGCCCAGAUGCCAUACGCACCAAACGAGUACAUGCCUAGGCAAUACCAUCAUGUCCCCGCUAUUCCUGGGUUCUCUGUUGUCCCAACAACAGUAGCUCACUAUUCUUUCCCCCUCACUGGUCUGCCAACGACACCGUUCCAACCACCGGUAGCAAAACCGAGGCUGGAAACUAAAUCUGGACUAGCGAGAGACCCAGCACGACCUGGUUCUCCUCUAAAACCACACGGUGUCCACCCGCACAUGACCUACACGAGUCCUGGGCUGCUGCCUCAGGGACAUCAUGGACUGCCAAGUUACGGUUAUGGCCCUCUGCAUCCAAGCACAACUAAAAAGUGA